UGUCACCGGGAAGCGGAACCAAUAUGUGGGGUCAAAGCAGCAUAGCCAAUUUAGAAGUUGUGUUACAGUCUACUGAGUUUAAUCAAUUCUAAAUAUUUAACGUGUUUGGCCACCAUGCUACAGAAUAAAGAAUGAGGAUAGAGAAAAGCUGCUAAAGUGAAAACAGUGUGAGAGAAGAUGGAGGUGCCGGAGAAAGAUUCUUUGCUUUCGGUACCGGAAUCGCCACAGACACUGGUCCCCAGUAGCAGACCAAAAUGGACAGAGAGUGGGGCGAGGCCUGUAGAAAAGAGAGGCCCGUACAUUAUGUCCAAAGUUCCUGCAAUUCAUCUCAAACUGCAAAGGCACAGAGAUAUGGCAAAGAAGGCCCUGAAGAAGAAAGGGUUGACAGCUGGAGCCGUGGUCCAGCAGCCUAAGCCAGGAGCUAAGAGGAGCGUGAAGUAUAAUAAAGGGUAUGCUGCUCUCAGUCAAAACUCUGAGGAUGCACUUGUAUCAUUGGAUUCAGAUAGUGAUGCUGAACCGGAGUCCCAGUAUUCUUCUGGAUAUUCUUCUGCAGAGGUAAACCAGGACCUGAACAGGCAGCUUCUUCAGGAUGGCUACCGGCUGGAUGAGAUGCCUGAUGAUGAGGACCUGGACCUCAUUCCUCCAAAAGCCAUGGGUUCUUCUACCUGUGCCUGCUGCUGUGUGGAGACCCCUUUGUGCUGUAUCCAGUAGCUAUAGGAGCAUAACAGUUUUGUCAGCUCGGAGUGGCACAACCACCACUGCAUUGGUCAUACUAAUGUAUUGUAAGGUCAGUGUGGGCACCAAUCUUCAUACACACUUUAUGAUCCUUGAGGAAAAAGUUCCAUUCCAGGGCUUCUUAAAAGUCACAAGCUAGCUUUUCACGAGAGUAGCUGCAGAGUGACUGGGCAGUUUUCAGAUUAGUGCAUGUGCACUUUUUUAUCAAAAAGCGAUCUGUCUUGGUGUUUAAAUUAUCACCACUUUUUCAAUAUGAACGUUUUGUCAGAGCUUGCCUUCAGAACAGGUUUUAAUACUUUACCAAAGUAAUGAGACUUUCAUAAAGGUGCUAUUAGAGAACUUCCAAUUCUGUUACAGUAAUAUAUUGGAAACUAAUCUGAAAAAGUAUGUAGUGUAGAGAUUGAUUUGUCCUUUAUGUUGUUUUGGACAAAAGGACAAAAUCUACUAUUUGUAUGGAACUUUUCCCUGAUAAUCCCACUAUUAACAAGAUUCCAGAUGAUGAAGAGAUAACAUGAAUUCUUAACUACUUCCAGAUUCAAAAAACUCUUGGAAUAAAACACGUGGUUUAAACAAAUGCAACAAGAAUCUCCAGAGAAAAGGUUUCCUUUUGUCAUUUGUUGGUCUGAGUAAUUUGUCUCACUGUUGUGGCAUCACAUCAUGCCCAUUAUCAAUCCCAGGAUCAGUCUGUUACUAAAUUGUUACAACAAAGGUCAUUCAGAAACACCAUAAACCAAAAUUGCUACUGACAGAUUAUUUAAUAAUUUGAUACCAUUUAAAAGCACUUUCACUUACAUUGGUGAUAUAACAAAGGUUAUUGGUAGGCCUUUGCUUUCCUUGCUUUCUUCAUUACUUUGAAACGGAGAAUUCUUUCUCAGUUCAUGGUGCAGAAUAAGGUAUAAAAUGUAACAGUCCUUGAUAACUACGUUCAGAUUGAAUUCAAUCCCUUUGCACUUUAAUAGCAAUUUCAGGUGAUAUUUUUUCUUCUUGUUAAGAAAUAUCCAAGGAAUUCUGUUUUUUUGUAUCAAUAAUAAUUUGUAAUAAUUUUUAGUAAUUUGCUGAGUUAGAAGGAUUCUGAAUUGCUAUCCUGUCACAUUCUGAAGCAUAGUGGGGACAUUUUAUUAGCAUUGUUUCCAGGAAUUCUUUCUCUUGAAGCGCCUAGUCCUACAUUUGAUAGAUAUUUGUUUUGUACAAAAAAGGCCUUUUAUAAAGACCUUACAUGGACCUUGUCAAAAAUGUGGACUUCGUUUAAAAAAGAGAUUUGGCAAAGUAUCACUGGUCAAGGUUUCUUUUUAUGUCCAAUGAAAUAAGUUCUCUGCAGAAAGAAACGUAUUGUGUGAUACCAGGGGCACAUUGGCAGAGUUCUUCAAGCUACCAUCCUUUUGAAAUGAGAGUACUGGUUCUCAAAAUAACGAUCUGUGGCUUGGGCCAUCAGACUAUCAUUAUACUUGUGUGCUUACUUAAUAGUGUACUUCAAGUAGCUUACAACAUAUUUGUAUUUUACAUAUCUUGCUAAUCAUCUUGUAGGUUUCUACCCAACGUAAUCAAAAAGAGUUCCUUGUCAGAGGUGUGGGACAAAAAAAAAUUAAAUGUUUCACUAGCAAAAUAACAUUAACGUUCAUACAAAUUGUUUUAUUUAAAAUGUGACACUAUGAUGUUUUUUUUCUAGAGAAAACAGUUUUCCAUUUGGUUUUAGUUAAAACACUUCCCUGCCCUUCUGACAAGUGCUGUAUAUAAAUUAACAGAACAAAGGCAGAAACACUAACUUUUCUUACUUUCUUAUCAGAAGUAGCUAUAACUGCUAACACUAGAGGAAAACUGCAGCUUUGGAGUUGUAAGUGCCUUUCACAGUUAAACAUCUCUGACUCAAAAGCAAUUGGGCAAAAAAGAGAAGAGAUUAUGUAACACAAACAGUUGCUUGCCCUUUUCCCUUAAAUACUCAAAUGUUUGCACAUAAAGUUAAUCUAGUGAUCUUUAUAUUUCUCAAAAAUCCAUUAAAUGACUGUUCAAUUUCA